UAAUUUUUGCAGAUGAAUCGUGUGCACCUGUUGCGAGCUGCACUAUUGAUAGCGGCCACACGGUGUCGCAGUGAGCUCCAUUCAUAUCUCAGUGCAGAGAAAAAUAAACCUCGCUCUGUAGGAGAAGUUCUAACAGCAGGGCUGGUGCAGUGGUUUGGGGAUAUUAUUUAAAAUGAAAUAAAUGAAUAAAUGCUACUAAAAAGCUGAAUUUCUUCGCGUUGUGAUUUAUAUUCGGACCUGCAUGCGGGGGAAAAGCGUUUGUCUCUUUCAAGGCUGAUGUGUGUACACACUCCACCGCCUCCAGGAGUAUGUCAGGUCACCGUGGCAACAGUGCAGGGCACCGGUGGCGGUCUGGUCGAGUCUGAGCGUAUCCCAGCAUGCACCAGCUCUUCCAGUUAGUUCUGGGUCAGAGGGACCUGUCCCGAGCAGGAGACCUUUUCUCUCUGGAUGAUGCUGAGAUCGAGGACUGUCUGUCCCAGGCGCUGGAGGAGAUCAAGACCAUCUCCUGCCAUCCUGAUUACGUGACUAAUGACAAUGACCAGGCAGUGGUGGAGAUCUGCAUCACGCGCAUCACCACGGCGAUCCGGGAGACGAGCUCGAUGGAGCGGCAUGGCUCGGCGCUCGUGGCUCUGUGGGAGUCGUGUCUGGAGCACAAUCUUCAGCCGCAGGGCAAAGACGAGGAUACGCCACACGCCAAGAUCGCCUCGGACAUCACCAGCUGCAUCCUGCAGAACUAUAACCGGGCUCCGAUGAUGGCGCUGGCCGUCCCGGUGGCCGUGCGCUUCCUGCGACAGGGGAAUCGCGAGCUGAGCCGCAACAUGUCCAGCUACCUGAGCCUGGCCGCCAUCGCCAAGGCCGAGCUCCUCGUCCAGCACACCCAGGCCAUCAUCAUCAGCGUGCUGGGAGGUAACAGCAUGCUGCUGCGGGUUCUUCCCUCCGUGUAUCCUCUAGAACCGGAUCCGAUCCACCAGCACAUCCAGGACCUGGUACUUAUGAUUCCCGAUCUAGACCAGACGAGCAGACAACACUUACUCCGACUGCUCCAGAUGAUCUCUGAUCGACACCCACAGGUGUUGACCUGUCUCGUGCCGUCUCUGAUCGAUCACCUGAGUGACGCCUCUUCGAGCGACGCCCUCCUCGCCGUGUUGGUGAAUAUAGCAAAGGUUAGCCCCGCCUCACUGAGCCCGUUUCUCCCAGCGCUGAGGACCGUGGGUCAGCAGACGCCAGGGCUGCUGGGACAUGUAGCUAAGAUCUACGGGGCGGUCGGUCUGACCAGUGAGGCUCUGGCACGGGAGGCUCUACAGUACCUGGUGUCACUGUUGGCAUGUAUGGAGCACAGCGUCCAUCACACAGUGCUGCUGGAGAUUCACAGCGUGACCGAGCGCUACAGCGCCAUCAUUGGCGGAGGUGCCAAAGACAUCUACCGCAUGAGCAACAGCUUCAGCGCCAUCGCUCGACUGCUGGGACGCAGGUUACAGGCUGAUCCUUUAACACCAUGCAGAGAAAGCAAGGAGGUUGCAGAUCCAAAGCGGUGCGAAUCCGAUUCCAGUAAGCGGGAUGACGUGAAGAUCCCGGCUUUUGAGGAGAAAUUAGAGGAGGAGGCUGCGGCGGCGGCUCAAGAGGAAGCUGAGAGGGUCUCACCGGCACCCCAAAGGUGUCACAGCCUGGACCAGGUGGCACGAGACGAGCACCGAGACAUCAGGUUCAAUCGGUCUAAGAGUCUGGCUCUGCACGCUGUACAGACGCGCUCCACGAAUCCCGACUGCAUCCAGGACAGAGAAGGGGAACUAAAUACUGAGGACUACCCGAUUGAGGCCACCCUCCGCCCUGAGAUCGAUCCAGCAGCUUCUUUUGCUCAGGAAGAGCACAGUGAGCACCAGGACUCGGCUUUUCACGGGGAAAGAGGCCGGCUAUGGAAACACCUCCGGGACAACUUGGAGAAGAUCCGAGUCUUCUGCGCCGAUAUGGUCACGCAGAUCCCGAUUCCUGAGCAUUGCAUCAUCGAAGAUACCCAGCGAGGCUGUGUUGCAAAGCUGUCCUUCUCGUGUCCAAUGAAAGGUCAUUACUGUCUGUAUGGGAAAUCCAGCUUCUCGCUGUGCAGCCCUCAGCCCCACCUCUGGAUACGGAUCAUGCUGCUCGCACUGCAGAGCAAGACGGAUGAAGCUCUGAGCUCUGAGGAUGUGUGUGUGCAGCAGCUCAGGAGACUUUGGGAGAAAACACAGCUUAAAGGAGCUCACAGCUUCGAGCUGGCCAUGACUCAAACUGCUGUGCCACAGAAGAAGGACUUGGACAGUCUGCAGAUCCACCUGGAGGAGGUGCGCUUCUUUGACCUCUUUGGCUACAGUGAGGAGGAGGGAGGCUGGCUGUGCUUCAUGUGCAACAACCCAGAGAAAGCCACUGUGGUGAAUCAAGACGGCCAGCCGCUCAUCGAGGGCACGUUAAAGGAGAAACAGGUGCGCUGGAAGUUUAUCAAACGCUGGAAAACGCGCUACUUCACUCUGGCUGGUAACCAGCUCCUCUUCAGGAAAGGGAAAUCAGAUGAGCCGGACGACAACACUAUCGAGCUAAGCAAAGUGCAGAGCGUGAAGGUGGUGGCAAAAAAGCGACGGGACCGCGGCCUACCUCGAGCUUUCGAGAUCUUCACGGACAGUAAGACGUACGUGCUGAAGGCCGAGGACGAGAAGCACGCAGAGGAAUGGCUGCAGUGCAUCAACGUGGCUGUAGCGCAGGCCAAAGAGCGCGAGAACCGAGAGGCUACGACGUACCUGUAGGUCCGUGCCACCCGGGGAACGCAGGAGUGAGCGUCGAGAACUCUUUUAAGAACUACUAGACGAAAAGGCACUAUGGGAAACGGUAGACUGUUUUGUAAUAUCCACUAUAAAUCCCGGAGCCAUGUUGCACAUGAGCGACAUGACGAGUGAUGAUGUGGUUUUCCAGUAUUCAAGUAGGGGGGGGGGGGGGGGGGGGUCGGAACCCCAUCCUGUACCGAACUCUUAAAGCUUUGAUCGUUCAGUACGUGGGGUGAAGAUGACCAGAUUAAAGCCGGCUGUAUAGCUCAAACGAAAAAGACGUGACGCAGAAAGAUUCGUUUUGUGCAAGAGGCUGUGGUUUCGAUUCAUUCAUACCCCAUGGUCAAAAACAGAACUCCUAACCACCGUGUCUUUUGUUCUGCGACGGGUCUAAAUAUUAUAUAAAUAUUAUAUGGUUGCUUUGGAUCUCUGGACAGAGCUGCAGUAUGAUUUCCAGGUCCAUUGUUUGUGCAUUUGUAGCUAGCGGUCAUGGAAACACUAACAGUGGAGUUACAAAAAGCAGUGCUAGUUUUCGAAACGUACCGGGAUCCUGCGUAUAGUUUAAUCAAUAUAUACGAAUUCCACGAUGUUCAUCCUCUCACCUCCUGGUGUCUCGUUAGCAGUGUGAGGAAGUGCACUGUGGAACAGCACACACACUCCGAGCUGUAAUUAAAUCAUCUUUAAAUCCUGCCUAAUCUAUUCAGGGAGAACACACUGUGCUGUGCUCGGUCUCUAUUAAUCCCUCUCUGAACCCUGCAGGAAGACACUGGAUGUUCUCGGACGUAUGAGAACACGGACGUUCACUCUGGGGCAAAAAAAAAAAUCCGUUCGGAUUGUUCAGUGUUAGGAGCCACUUCCUGCGAAGACCAAUACACCAGAGCAGAGCUUCUCAACGGACUGUCGGUCGUCCGCGGGAGGACGUCAACGCUGAAUGAAACAACACUGACACUUUAUUUUUGAAUUAUUUUAUUUUUAUGUAGUCUAUUUAAUCGAGGAAUAACAACGUUAGCAUGCCAAGACUGAAGUGUGGAGAAACUGAGGUGACAUGGGGGUUCAUUUUGAAUAUAUUGAAGCCGUAUGCUAACAUUUAGAGGCCAGAAACUAAGUAAAUCGCGCCCGUGUAUUAUGAACGAAUCGUGUUGCACUGUUCUUGGCCACGUCUUCAGUAUCUGAUGGCCACAAAUUGUAGAACUUGUGCCAAUGAUGUAAUAUUUGGUGGGAAGGUCAUCAAAAUGUGGCCUCCAUUUGUUUUUUUUUGGGUCUCAUUUUUCAUGGUGUGCCAAUACUUUUGGAGUUGACCUUAUCGUGUUGGAUAGUUUUAUUUCAUUGGAAACGUGGAGGUACAUAUAGACAACCCACAAUGGCGUCCGGUCCGCUCAGGGCAAAACUAAUAAACAUCCCACCUCGUUUAACUGAAAAAGAGAUAAGACGCUGAAACAUAUACCUGUACCUAUACAGAUUGUUUCUUUAUUAUUUAAAUAGAUAAAUGACUUCCCUUUCUCUCUACAAAUCUAGCCAAUAAACACAGACGAGCUAGCAAACCAGACAAAAAAAAAAAUGCUAGCUGACCCGGCCACCUGGACAGCAAACGAAUAGCUUAGGCUCCUACACCAGGAAGUCGAAUCCGAACCACGAAGCACGACACCAGAGCACUCCGUCUGGUCAGAGAUGUCCGAGCUCAUGCAGAUGGUAUGAGAACACGUAUUAGGAACCCACGUUAGGAAGUGAGCGUAGCAUGAGACAUCUGGACAAAGGAGACGCACACAGAUCAACACAGAAAUAACGCAACCCACAGGGUGCAGAGAAGUAACAACGCUAACUGAUGCUAACUGUGCAUCCGCACGCUCGGGUUCCUAUGUGUUAACAGUAGACAUGGAUUUUGUUGGAUUACAAACCAGCACUCUGCAAAGGUAUUUUCAUUUUUUUAACCUUUCGUCCAAUCAUACGCUUUGUCAUUCAGUCCAAACAUCGGUUAUAAAUCCACCAAACUGGGCUGAAGAAGGUUAUAUAAAACACACAGUCAUUUGAAAUGGGGGCAUUUUCUGUUGACUGUUAACUGGGAAGAAGAAUGCAUAGACCCCUGAGGGCUAAAGAACACAAAACAGAUCUUGAGACAAUGAAAUCAUCGUUGCAUACGGUGCUGUGAAAAAUUAUUUGCCCCCAUCCUGAUUUUCUUCUGUUUUUGUGUGUAUCUCAUGCUAAAUGGUUUCAGAAAUUAAAACCGAAUCGAAGGUAAAACAAAGGCGACCUGAGUAAACACUAAAUACAGUUUUUUAAAUGAUGUUAUUUAUUGAAGCAAAAAAAGGUGAUUGAAAUCCAUCAGUCUGGGAAGGGUUACGAAGCUAUUUCAAAGGCUCUGGGACUCCAGAGGACCACAGCGAGAGACGUUAUCUCCAAACGGAAAAACUCGGCACUGUAGUGAACCUUCCCAGAAGUGUCCGACCUUCCAAAAUUCCUCCGAGAGCACGGCGACGACUCAUCCAGGAAGUCAGAAAAGAGCCAAGGACAACAUCAAAGGACCUAUAGGCCUCUGUUGCAUCAAUAAAGGUCACUGUUCAUGACUCCACUAUCAGAAAGACACUGGGGGAAAAUGGCUUCCACGGAAGAGAGGUGAGGUGAAAACCACUGCUGACCCAGAAGAACGUUAACGCUCGUCUGAAUUUUGCUAAAACACACCUUGAUGAUCCUCAAACCUUUUGGGAGAAUGUUCUGUGGACUGAGGAGCUGAAAGUGGAACUGUUUGGAAGACAGGAGUCCCGUUACAUCUGGCGUAAACCACACACAGAGUUCCUCAAAAAGAACGUCAUACCUACGGUCAAGCAUGGUGGAGGAAGUGUGAUAGUGUGGGGAUGCGUUGGUGCUUCAGGACCUGGGCGACUUGUAAUAAUUGAGAGAAAGAUGAAUUCUGCUCUCUACCAGAAAAUCCUAAAGGAGAAUGUCCGGUCUUCAGUCCGUAAGUUGAAACUCAAGCGCAACGGGAUCAUGCAGCAAGACAGUGAUCCAAAGCAGAGGAGUAAAUCCUAGACCUAGAAGUAAGUGAAAGACCGAUCUCCAGUUAUCAGAAGAGUUUGUUUGCAGUUUUUUCUACUAAAGGUGGCAAGUUUAAGGGGGCAAUUAUUUUUUUUCACAUGGGAUAGGUGUUGGAUAACUUUUUUUUUUUUUUUUUUUUGCUUCUAAUAUAAAGGGGCUCCUAACAUUGAACAAUCCACAACACUUUUCUGACUAAACCAGACUUGGCCCUUGUGUGUGUGUGUGUGCGCGUGUGUGUGUGUGUGUAGGUUCACCCACACAUCCACAACGCUGAUGUAAUCCACCCUUUCAGUAACAUUCGCCAGUUUUUCCUUCACUUUCCCUGCGAUUUUCACAUCUGGCCUUUUAAACUGACAGGCAGUUCUGGCCUGUGUAGAACGACUCUCUGAAAUGACUCUGAGAUUGUACGGUGAUUAGAAUGAGUCAGUACUGACUGCUUUUAGGGAACACGGAUCUCUGAGAACCCGUCAAAUUUCCACGUAGAACCUUACAAAAAUAAACAACACAAGCGUGCUUUCCUGUAAGAAAUGGUCUCAAGUUACAGCCCUUUGUGUUUUCGGAAGCGGAGUAACCUGUACGAAUUACCCGGAUAAGUGUGUUGUACUAAUUCUAAAUUAUUGCUCAUGAUUUACUUCUGAUUUGGUUCGAAGGUGUUGAUUAGUUUCCUGUAACAGCAGCUCUGGCAGUAGUAGCAGGUUGAUGGUCAAGCCCUCGUUCUGAUGCGUUACCGUUUCUAUAGGAACAGCUCAUUCACAUCGUCGAUGUCAUCGUUGAUGCGGUGAAGUUUCCUGUAAGGAGAUGUUUAUCUAGCAUGUAUGGAAGGAGUCUCCAGUGUCAGCGCUUUGUAACACUUCGGGACCGAGGAGUUUCCUCUUGACGAGCGUUUUAUUUUUUAUUCACAUGAAGAGGAAAAGAAGAGGCUGGUGACAGAGCGACUGUUUAUAGCUGCUGGAAGACGUUCCACGACAUUAAAUGGAACUAUGAACGGAUAAACAAAUUUGGAUUGUUGACAAAGGUGCAGCGGUAUAAGUAAGAGGACACUUCAGAGCGAUAAUCAAUAAACCUUGGUGUGGUAGCAGGAAUUAAUAGCUUCAUCACACCACCCCGUUGUUGAUUAUUUUCCUAUGACAGCACUACACCAAGUGCUUUAUUCCUGACUUAGUAAAACUACUUUGUAACCUUCCUACUAGUUCUUUUCAAGGUUUCGUUUGAUAAUUAAACGUUCUUAGUUUCCGUCAAGGCUUCUAUCUGGAAGCAUUUCUGAUUUCCGCAAAGCAAAUAGUUUUCUUCGCGACUGUAAGCCAAAACGUUCACACACUGUCAGCUAACCUUAUGUUCUUUCACUAAUGUCACACUUGAGCAAGGCACGCAUGCAUGAGCGUUUUUGAUGAUUUCCGUCCUAUUUUUUUUUUUUUUUUAAUUAAAAAAAAGAAAGGGAAAAAAAAGCACGAACCCAGACGUCUGGUGCAUUUAUCUGCAGUGUAACUCGCUGCUCUGCGUUAGCAUUUCCACCUUCAGCUCUGUCUCGAGCGUCCGAUCGAUUGAACCCCGAUUGACGCACCUUGCCAAAACGAUGUCUAUUAUUCAUUUGUGGUGAUUUUUUUAAUGUUUUGUGUCAUUUAUCUUGUUCCGACUGUAUUUCUGCGUAUACAGCUGUGUAAAUAUUUGUCCACACUUACACGCCGGAUGUAGUUGUGUGUCCUCCGUACACCCGACCUGGGUUAGAUUCGUCUCUUUUGACUUACAGCAGGGGGGGAUGGAGAUAACUAUCGCAUGAGUCAGCAUUUUUUCAUUAAAUAUAUUUCCAACCACACUAUGCGUGUGAAAUUUUCCCCAGACAUCGGUAUUAACUCAAGAAUUCCGGAAAUAUAAAGAAUUCGCAACAUUAAAGUCCAUAAAUAAAGUUAUGUGUAAUAAAGUGGAAUGACACGGGGGGGGGUAUUUUAUUGAUUUUACUGAUGUCUGGUGAAAAUUUCAUGUGAACAGCUUCAUUGGAAAUAUAUUUACUGAGAAAAAUGUUGACACCCCCCCGCCUGGUGUGUGUGUGUGUGUGUGUGUCAUAAAAAAAAAAAAAACACAUUUAUUCGUAACUAAGGAACUAUUUACUGUGAAAAAGCAUUUUGUCACGAUCGAGCUCCGUUGAAUGUGCGAUAUAUUCAAAAGUAUUAUAUGUACGGAAAAUCGAACGAUAACUCGAAUAAAUAGCAGAAUUUUGUUCGAUGUACAGAUUAUUUAGAUAUACGUCGUCAUAUUCUUAAGCAGUCGUGUGUGUACAGUACGUCUACAUUUGUGACAUGAGCUGGGGUGUAAGGACAGAGGAGCACAGUGACGUUACGUAGAUAUGUCACUAAAAAAUAUGUACGUCUCUCCGAAGUCAGGUUUAUGAAUGUAUUAUAUAACAUCACGUUAUAGUAAACUUUUCUGAUGCAUAUGCUACUUAAAUACAUUCAACUACAAUAAAUAAAUGCUACAUUCUCUUUACAUACAUUUAAUAAACUACAAGAUUUCUUUUCAUCACUAAUUCUAAUCAUCUAACCAUCUGGAGCAUUUUUCUAAUCAGUCACAUGGUCCAAUUUCCUGAAAAUGACAAAUGAAAGUGGGUUGUUUAUUCGGAGUAAAUGAACACAAGGAACGGGACUUGAUUUUCAACAGUGUCUCUAUAGCCUGUAAGCCUUACAUGCCAGGUCACGAUAGUCGUUAGGUUUGGUAAUAUAUUUGUAAACAAGUAAAUACAUGGCGCACUAAUUAUAUCGUUGUUAAUAUAUUAGUAAAAUUUUGUUCAUUCAUUCAUUAAAGGUCAGCAGGGAGGCUGGAGACUCACCGCGUUGUUUUUCUGUUCCCGACACGCCCGAUCCUGCUAAUGAACGACUCCUCGGAUCUUUUUUCCAAGGCGCCGUUACGUGCUAUUUAUUAAUAUAGGAAAUAAUUAAAUAUUAGUAGUUAAUUAUAGUUAGUGUGUGUUAGCUGCAGUGUGUAAGCUGCAUUACUGGAAGAUUCCACACAUGUCGCUGUUUUACAGUUUAGUGGUCAUUUUGUCGUUUUUAGCUCUCUGUGAGCUUCGCCUUUUAUGGAGUUUCGUGGGCGUGCGUCGGGGGAAUUAUGGAUGAACGGCAUUUCUCAACUUAUAUGCACGACUAUGAAGAAUAGCAGCAGGAUUGUUGUCAAUGGCGGUCAUUUUUAAUUCAGUUCGGCCACGAAAACGUUCACAUACAACUUUACUAGAGAAAAAACAAACAAACAGGAAGUUAUUCGUUGAUCCAGUCAAAGUGAGCGGUUUAUCUUCGCCAGGGUCACGGUGGAUCUGGAGUCUAUCGUGAGAACAUUGGGAAUGAGGUGGGAAUACAGCCUGGAUACGAUGGCAGAACAUCACAGGGCACAUCCAGGAGCAUUUAAGUGUAACAAAUCCACAGGCGUGUUUCUGGGAGGAGGGAGGAAACCGGAGAGCCCGGUGGAAACCCAUGCGAGAACACGUGAGGUGACGCCGCUACCUGCUGCACCAUCAAAAUAAUAACUAGCUACUGUGCGAAGAGGAAAGGUUGAGCAUGCUUAAAUCUUGAAGAACGAGGCUGAAGUUAUCAGGUAGGUCUGAAAUCGUUGGUGUGUACGUCUGAAAUCUUUUACAAGACACAUUUGUGGGGUUUAAAGCUUGACCUCAAACCGAGCUUUUUCAGGAACGCUGUUACAAAAUUCGCAAACUGUGUACUCUUGCAGGUUUUUUGGGGGGGGUCUAAAGGGAUCACAGUCCUCAUUCUCACCUCUAAGUUAGAUCUGUUGUCAUGGUGUGAUCGUAUCAUCUCUCUAACACCACGAGCUCUGGGUCAUCAGUGAUGUUAAUCCCAGUCUAAAUUAAAUCACUCCUGAAAGCAGAGAUGAUGCACAUGGUAACACUCAGUGUGCGAGGGUCAGCAGGGCCGCUCGCUCCGUGAUCACUGGCUGUCAUGGUGGUCAUGGAGAGGGGAUUGCGUACCUCUUUCUCGGAGAGUCUGCUCUUUCUCCACACGUAAGAGCCUGAUCGGCUGAGACAGCAAGUUUUCAAAAUUCUGUCACGUUUGGGGGUUUGGGACUGGAUCGCAUCCAGAUGAUUCCAUUAGUCGGUGUGUGUGCGUUAGCAAUAAGUCCAGUUUAAUUGGUCAACCUUGGACAGACUGAGUCCAAGUUCCCAGUCAUACAUGAAAUGCUGAAAGAUUUAACAGACAAAUCCCCUAAUAAGAGCGUGGAUGUGGUCUCAUAACUCACAUCCUUUUUGCUGUUAUGGCCUGCUGCAAACGAGACAUCAGCUUCUGACAGCGUUCCUGAGGAAUCUUCUCCCGUUCCUCAUGAGCAACGGCCUCCAGGUCAGUAAUAUUCUUGGGUUUGCGUGCUGCGACCGCCUUCGUCAAAUCCCACCAGAGAUUUUCUAUGGCGUUCAAGUCAGGUGACUGUGAUGGCCAUGUAGAAUCUUCCAGGACUUCUUCUGCAACCAAGCCUCGGUGGAAUUUGAGAUACGCUUGGGAUCACUGUCCUGUCGGAAGGUCCGAUGACGCCCAAGCUUCAGCUUCCUCACGGACGUUUUCUCCUAGGAAAUUCAGUAAUAUUCUUGUGCUGUUGUGAGGAAUUCUAUUCAGCGGUGUGAAUCAUUCCAAGACUGGAGAAGUCAUUAGAAGUUGCAUUUUCGGUUGAAUUUGGGGAAACCGCAUGAAGCAUUCAUUGUUUCAUUCAUUCAGUUGCUUUUGUUUGAUCUGUUCAUUGCAAACAGCUGAAGGACUGUACAUUUUGACAAUAAACCUCAUUUGCAAUGGGGGCUGAAUCAUUUUGAUUGCAACUGUAGAUGAGUGUGUGUGUGUGUUCUAUAAGAAUUAGCUCUGUGCGAGCUGGACCCGUUCCCAGUCUGGAGCUCUUUAAGGGAAUGACAGAAAAGGCCGCCUGCCAGUCUAUAUACAUUUAAACCUUCA